GCGGCCGGCGGAGGGAGCGGCGCGGGCCGGGGUCGAUGUACGGAGCGCGGCCCCGGAGCACGAUGGGCUGGAAAAUAUACAGCAAAAGAAAAUCUUUAAAGAGAAUAUGGAAAAAACACAACAGAGUGAAGAGCCAUGUUCUGCUGAUUCAGUAGAUUCUCUAAUGGCAGAAAUGCCAUUUGUGGACACAGAUAUUGAGGAUGAACAUGCUAUGCUUGCAACUUCUGAACUAAGUAUUAAGAAGAAAAGAAAGCGGACUACUGGAAGGGAAAUUGAAGAAGGCACUGAGAGAAAGAAGAAAAAGAACAAACAGUGUCAGCCAAAUUAUUUCAUUUCUCUUCCAAUUACUAAUCCAAAGAUUACUGGCAGUAUUCAGGCUGUCCAAAAUGCAAUAGUACAAAAGGAUCAAAGGCUUUCCAAAGCAAUGGUUCGCUCUGGCUCAUUGCAUGUCACCAUGUUUGUGAUGCAUUUAUCCAGUGAAGAAGAAAUUAGCAUAGCAGUUGGUGCUCUUUCAGACAGCAAAGUUUUUGUAGAUGAUCUCCUGAAAGGAAAAAGAGUGGAUUUGUCUUUUCAAGGAAUUGAUCACUUCAGAAAUCAAGUUGGAUUUGUGAAUUUGGCAGAAAAUGAUCAUACAGCACUACUUAAGGAAAUAGCAGAAACUAUGAAAAAGAUAUUUCAAGAAAAGGGGAUCAUGACAGGAGAUGAAAGAGCUUUUAAACCACAUCUGACCUUCAUGAAGUUGUCAAAAUCAACGGAGCUACGUAAGCAGGUGAAAAAAAUUGACUCUAGUCUGUAUGAAGAUUUCAAAAACCAUUAUUUUGGAGAUGAGAUCUUGCACCGCUUUGAUCUUUGCUCCAUGUUGAAAAAAAAGCAGCCAAAUGGUUACUACUACUGUGAGUCCUCCAUUGUUUUUGGAAAGAGCCAUGAAGCAGACUUAGUAAAGGAAGCUUUACGCAGAGAAACGCAGGCCCUGUUACCCAGACUGAAUCAGAUAAAGGAGCUGUUAACGAGUCCUGAGAUCCGCACAAAAAUUAGCAAAGAACUCUUUGAAGACAGGCACAACUCUAACAGUAAAUGGAAAAGUUGUAUUGACUCUGAGUCUCCAAAUGCAUGACUGUAAAUUGCCAUUGUGGAAUAUCUCAUCAGGUUGUUUAAAGACAAUAUAUUGUGGCAAGAAAUUUUUCAGGUUGGUUUGUUUGGGUUUUUUUAACUGAAAAUGUGAAUGGGUAUAAAUGGCUCAUGAGGAAUCAUGCUGAAAUACUUGCACAGAAGGGUUAUAUUUCAUAAUAAUGAAGUAUGGCCACUUCUCAACAUUGCAUUGAAACCUUUUUGAGUGUGCAGGUAUAUGUCAUGACUCCAAAGUAGAAAAUACUGGUUUCAAAUAGAUCUGAGCAAACACUGUGCCCUUCCUUUAUCAUUGUAAAUAAUUCAGGUUUUUUUUCUCAUAUACUCCUUCCCUAACAAUGAUGUACAAGUACUAAAAAAUCGGUGGUUUUAAAUACUACAAAAUGUAUAUUUGGGGAAAAAAUUCCUCUUUUAAUUAUCUGCCUUUUGUAUAUGUACUGGCAUUUUGGGUUAGCGUUGUAUGUUUUUUAUUGUUUUUUUAAACAGCACUUGAAUAUUUCUAUAGAUGCUGACAUUUAGUUUCUGCUGAUGUUUACACUAAAGCAAGAAUGUUUUAAAUUUCAGUAUGAAAUUCAGGCUCCACUGAUUUCAAUGCCAUACUCUCAUUGGCUUUAAUGGAGUCAGGAUGCUGCAAUUAAGAUUUCUCGUGCAAAUAAUAAUAUUCCUUGGGAUAAUAUUUGCCUUUUUACUUUUGUAGAACAGUGUUUUUGUGUUUUGUUUUUGAUGUUCCUCCAUCUCUACCUUCUGCUGCCUGAGGUGGAGUGUCACUUUGCUCUCAUUGUUCCCCCCACACACCUGCAAGAGUCACUGAAGAUUUGGAUAAUGGACAGCAAAGCAGGAGUAGGUCCAAUAUUUGCAAUUUUUAUAAGCAUUGUCAUAAAAGCUAUAUAAUAUGUUGUGAUUUGUAUCAGAAUUGUGCUGUUAGAACAGCUGUGUGCAUGUUCUUCAUUUAUCUCAAGCACUGUUCAUUUAUCUCACGUCAGAGCUUUUUUUUCCUCAUUUGAUAUAUAACAGUAUAUUCUGAAACGCAUCUUUUACAUGCUAUGUUCACAAUAAAAUAU